AUGGACCAGUCUAUGAAGCCCCUUCUCCCGUCCACAAAACAGCCACGCCGACAUCUCACGGCGUCUGACAUCUCCUUCUUUCUCCCGAAUCAAUUUAGUCUCGGCACGCUCCUUUGCAUCGGUUCUGCUAUGCAGAUAAGCCUCUCCGCCAUCCUUCCCCUCCACUACUCCGCUAUCCCAUGUGCGACCGUUCUCCUCAUAUCCAUUCUCACUACCAUCAAAUAUUGCUUCCAACCGCAAGCGAAUCUUUUCAUGACCGACGUCGUCCCGGGAAGAACCACCGCGCAGAUCCCAAGCAAAGAUGGAGAGUACGGUCCUGGACCAGGGAAGGGCUCUGUGGCGGUGUUCCACUUAGGAAUACAAUACAAUCACCCACUGGGGAUCUUUGCACCGCACAUGCUCGAAAUCUCGACCAAGUUCCUCGCUAUGCAACAGGAUAUACUUCGCCGUAAGGACGAGCUUGGCCUGUUGGCUGUGCAGAACUGGAGAGGCAGCGAGCGCAGCUCCAAUAACACCCUGCUUAUAAAGUAUUUCUUUAAAGAUGUGGAAAGUAUCCAUAGAUUUGCCCAAGAACCGCUACACAAGGAGAUUUGGGCAUACUAUAACCUGCACAACCCCGGUCACGUGGGUAUCUUCCAUGAGACGUUUAUAACGAAAGCUGGUGGAUAUGAGAGCAUGUAUGUUAAUUGCCAUCCAACUCUGCUUGGACGAGGCGAGGUUAAGGUUAAAAAUCGCAAAGACAGCACAGAGAACUGGAUGGGGACGUUGGUUAGUGCUGAUACACCCGGUUUGAGGUCUUUCAAAUCAAGAUUAAGUAAAAAGGAUUAG